AUGUCAACUGCUUACUACCUUUUCAACAACUACAGUUCCUCCUACCUACAAAUCGAUCCAUUAGCACAGGGUUUCAGUCUUAGCGCUGUGCCAUCAUCAGCCAACCCUGCGUUGCUCUUCACGUUCUUCCCCAUCACCAGCACUACUUUUGUCAAAAUCUGCACGACCAUUACAUCCAAGUCUUACUGCCUGGACGUCUGGGGCGACAAGAAGACUGUGCCGCAUCUAUCCGAAGACGGCAACUCCUCUGGCCAGCAAUGGAGCGUGAUAAAUGCAGGAAAUGGAUUUAUCAAAUUCAGCAAUCAAUACACGGGAUCAGGGUGGUACUUGGAUGUGUAUGCGGAUACCAAUGGUGCUUUCAUGAGUCAGAAUAAUUAUUUGGGGCAGUAUUGGAAGCAAGAUGCGGUAAAUCCUGCAGCGCUAUCAACGAGCCUCGUGAGAUCAGCUACCUCGAGUCCGACUCCGACGCCAACUAUAACAACCGGGAUCUCGGAGACUCCAAGCAUCGAAAAUGCGAGUGGCCUGCCCCCAGGUGCCUCCGACACACCUGCAGUGCUAUCUGCAAAAUCAUCCCGGCUCAGUAUAGGUGCCAAAGCGGGCAUUGGAGCUGGAUGCGCGGCUGUGGCUAUCGUUCUUGCAGGCCUGGUGCUCGCUGUCAUGUACUGGAGACGCAAGGCUCGACGCAACAAUUUGGGAAAUUUACCCGUAGGCGUAGCGACGAAUGACGAUAAGCCCGUGUUUCGUGAUCAAGGUGGCUUUCUUGCAGACCCGAAGCAUGCUUUUGUGGGGACUGCAGAAUUGCCAUCGCGGGACUACCCUGCAACUGCGGGUGAUGGUCAGAUGUGGACGUCAAGCAAGAAAGACGCCUCGAAUGUUCCUGCGGGAGGUGCGACAAUCAAUCAUAUUACACCUGUAGGCCAUACGACGAGCGAGUUACCAGGUUAUGAUUCGGUGCAUGAGAUGGCCGGGCAGCAUGCAUUCAGCCAAGCCGGGAAUCGGUAG